UGGUGGUGGUGGCACUUUCUUGCUGCCCACAAAUAUCAACUUACUCUUUGUCCUGUUUUCCCACACUAAGCCAAACUCUCUCUCUCUCUCUCUCUCUCUCUCUCUCUCUCUCUCUCUCUCUCUCAAUGAGAGAGAAUAAUAAGCAAAUGGGUUCAGCUUCCAAAUGUAUUCUGAUGUUGUUGGUGUUAAUGAUAUGCAUUCAACUCAUACAAUGCAGUGUUACAUAUGAUAGCAAGGCUUUGGUCAUCAAUGGACAAAGAAGGAUUCUUUUUUCUGGCUCCAUACAUUAUCCAAGAAGCACUCCUCAAAUGUGGGAAGAUCUUAUACAAAAGGCUAAAGAUGGUGGAUUGGAUGUUGUUGAUACAUAUGUUUUUUGGAAUGUGCAUGAACCUUCACCAGGCAAUUAUAACUUUGAGGGAAGGUAUGAUUUGGUUGGGUUCAUUAAGCUGGUCCAAAAAGCAGGCCUAUAUUUACAUCUUCGAAUUGGACCUUAUAUUUGUGGAGAAUGGAAUUUCGGGGGUUUUCCUGUUUGGUUAAAGUAUAUUCCUGGUAUCAGCUUCCGAACAGACAAUGAACCUUUCAAGAUAGCAAUGCAAGGCUUUACUGAAAAAAUUGUUCAAAUGAUGAAGGAUGAAAAGUUGUUUGAAUCUCAAGGUGGCCCUAUUAUCCUGUCUCAGAUAGAGAAUGAGUACGGACCAGAAAGCAAAAAAUUUGGCGCUGCUGGUCAUUCUUACAUGACCUGGGCAGCUGACAUGGCACUUGAACUAGCAACUGGAGUCCCCUGGGUUAUGUGCAAGGAAGAAGAUGCUCCGGAUCCAGUGAUAGAUACGUGCAAUGGCUUUUAUUGUGAUUACUUCUCUCCAAACAAGCCUUAUAAACCUACAAUGUGGACUGAGGCUUGGACCGGCUGGUUUUCAGAGUUUGGUGUUCCAAACCACCAGAGGCCUGCUGAAGAUUUGGCCUUCGCUAUUGCUCGAUUUAUUCAAAAGGGAGGAUCUUUUGUGAAUUAUUAUAUGUAUCACGGAGGCACCAACUUUGGGAGAACAGCUGGGGGCCCUUUUAUUACUACUAGCUACGACUAUGAUGCUCCCAUUGAUGAAUAUGGUUUAGUUAGGCAACCGAAGUAUGAUCACCUGAAGGAGCUUCACAAGGCUGUCAGGUUAUGUGAAAAAACUUUAGUUUCUGCAGAUGCCACUGUGACAUCAUUGGGGACCUAUAAACAGGCACAUGUAUUUUCUUCCUCGGAAGGCUGUGCAGCUUUUCUCUCAAAUUUCAAUAUAAAAUCAAGUGCAAGGAUUACUUUUAACAAUAUGCAGUAUGAUCUUCCUCCUUGGUCCAUUAGCAUUCUUCCAGAUUGCAAAAAUGUGGCCUUCAACACCGCAAAGGUUGGAGUUAAGGCAUCUGAAGCUCAAAUGUCUCCCACAAAUGUAAAUUUGCAUUCAUGGGGAACAUUUAAUGAAGAUGUUUUAUUAAGUAAUACUGAUUCAGAAAUCACAGUUGUUGGGCUACUGGAACAGUUAAACAUCACCAGAGAUACUAGUGACUAUCUUUGGUACACAACUAGUGUCAACAUAAAUCCCUCCGAAUCUUUUCUGCACCAUGGCCAAAAUCCUAGUCUCAGUGUGCAGUCUGCAGGGCAUGCCUUGCAUGUAUUCUGCAAUGGGCAAUUAUCAGGCUCUGCAUUUGGGACACGUACAGAUCGAAGAUUUACCUACAAUGGAAAUGUCAACUUGCAAGCUGGAAGUAACAUAAUUUCACUACUUAGUGUGGCUGUUGGACUGCCAAACAAUGGGCCGCACUUUGAGACAUGGAACACUGGAGUCCUAGGACCAGUUGUUUUAAACGGGUUAGACCAAGGAAAAAUGGAUUUAACUUGGCAAAAAUGGUCUUACCAGACCGGUCUCAAGGGUGAAGCAAUGAAUCUAGUUUCUCCAAGUGGAAUUUCAUCUGUUGAUUGGUUAACCGGGUCUCUGGCCACACUCAAACCGCAGCCACUUACAUGGUAUAAGGCUUAUUUUAGAUCACCUAAAGGAAUGGAUCCCUUGGCUUUGGACAUGCAUAGUAUGGGAAAAGGGCAAAUAUGGAUAAAUGGACACAAUCUGGGAAGAUACUGGACUGUUUUUUCCAGUGGUGACUGCAGUGGCUGCAGUUAUGCUGGUACAUAUCGGCCAAGAUUCUGCCAACUCGGAUGUGGCCAGCCAACACAACGAUGGUACCACAUUCCUCGGUCUUGGUUGAAGCCUACGCACAACUUAUUGGUGAUUUUUGAAGAAAUUGGUGGGGAUGUAUCAAGUAUUUCCAUAGUUAAAAGAAAUAUUGUUGAUCAGUAAGCUCUGAUCAUAAGAACAUUGAUCUAGUUAUUAUUUAUUGUUGAUCACUAGAAGCUGUGAGCUAUAUAUAGAUAUGAGGCGUUUUGUGAGAGUGAUCUUAGUAUAGCAAGUUUUAAGCUAUGUAAGUAAAUAGGAAAAGGCAAUGGCAUCAUCUGAUUUUGCCUGUAAUUACAGAAACUACUCUCCUAUUUGUUAAAUCAAUCCAAUACUUGUUUUGAGAAA